AAAAAAUGGUUUUAAAAUUUAAACUAGGAUUUUUUCUUCACAUACCAUUCCCUUCAUGGGAUAUUUUUCGACUAUUUCCAUGGGCUGAUCAAAUUCUUCAAGGAUUGCUAGGUUGCGAUAUGGUUGGAUUUCAUAUAAAAGACUAUUGCAUAAAUUUUUUGGAUUGCUGUUGCCGAAGUUUGGGCUGUCGCGUCGAUAGAAAAAAGUUUAUCGUUGAAUAUGGCAAUCGCAUAGUACGUGUUCGUUCUAUGCCCAUUGGUAUACCUUUUGACCGAUUUGUUGAAAUGGCUCAACGAUCAGCUCCAGUUUUAAACUCACAAUUACAAAUGGUACUGAGUGUAGAUCGCUUAGACUACACUAAAGGGAUAGUACAGAGACUAAAAGCUUUUGAAUUAUUAUUGGAACGAUAUCCCCAGUACAAGGACAAAGUAUUACUUAUGCAAAUAUCUGUUCCAUCACGAACAAAUAUCAAAGAAUAUCAAGACCUUAAAGAAGAAAUAGACCAACUUGUUGGACGUAUAAAUGGGCGUUAUUCUUCUCCUAAUUGGUCACCUAUAAGGUAUAUUUAUGGCUGUGUUAGUCAAAAAAAUUUGACAGCUUUUUAUCGAGAUUCAGCUGUUGCAAUGGUUACACCAAUUAAAGAUGGUAUGAAUUUAGUAGCUAAAGAAUUCGUUGCUUGUCAAAUCAAAAAAAUACCGGGUGUUCUUAUUUUAUCACCAUUUGCUGGGACAAGUGAAACGAUGCAAGAAGCGUUAAUCUGUAAUCCUUUUGAUUUAUUGGAUGUUACUGAUACUUUACACAGAGCUUUAACUAUGUCUGAUGAUGAAAAGAUAUUAAGAAUGAGUGGUUUGAGGCACCGAGAAAAAAAUAAUGAUGUCGACUUUUGGAUGCGUUCAUUUUUAGAAGAAAUGAAUACCAUAAUAAUUGAAGACGGAAAUAAUGUUUUACCAACUAUUAUGCAGCCUCUUACUUUACAGGAUUUCGAAGAUUCUUUAUCUAAGUAUAUUGGCGACACAAGAAAACUGGCAUUAUUACUAGAUUAUGAUGGAACAUUAGCCCCAUUUGUUUUACGUCCAAACCUUGCUGUCUUACCUCCAGAGACUAAAAGUAUCUUAGAAAGAUUAUCUAUUAUACCCGAUGUAUAUAUUUAUAUUAUAUCUGACAGAAAUGUUUACAAUUUAAAGGAAAUGGUUGGUAUUGAGAGUUUUACUUAUGUCGGGUAUCACGGAAUGGAUAUUUUACGUCCCGAUGGCAGUAAAUUUUCAUAUCCAGUACCAGUAGAAUAUAAAAAAAAGGUUGAAGCGUUGGCAAUAAUACUCAGAAGACAAGCUUGUAAAUAUGGUGCAUGGUUAGAAACUAAAAGUUUCUUAUUAACGUACCAUUUUCGUGGAGUUCCUCCUGAAUAUCGACCUGAAAUUCUAGUUACUGCAAAGCGAGUUAUUUUAGAAGCAGGAUUUAAAUUAAUCCAGGCUGAUUGUACCCUUGAAGCUAAACCUCCAGUACAAUGGGAUACGGGACGUGCUUGUUUGCAUAUUAUAAACACUGAUUUUGGCUUAAAAUGGAGUGAAAACAUCCGCAUUAUUUAUGCUGGGGAUGAUAUAACUGAUGAAGAUGCAAUGAAGUCAUUGAAAGGUAUGGCAGCAACUUUCAGAGUGACUCAGUCUCACGUUGUUAAGACAUCUGCUGCACGUCGUCUGCCGAACACUGAAUCAGUGUUGACUAUGUUGAAAUGGAUUGAAAAUCACUUUAACAAACGUAUAUCUCAUCAAGAUUAGUAUUAGUAUUCUUAAUAAUAGUCUAUAAAUGUUAUAAUUACUAUUUACUAAUAAUAAUGGUUAAAGUAAUACAUCCAAUAAAAUGUCUCCAAAAUACUAUUUUUGAGCUGAUAAGUCAAACAGUUUAGAUGACUUUGAUAUCUUUCCAGUGGUGGUGGUUAUUAUAUCCUUAGUAUAAUAUUAAGAUGGUAUUUAAAAAUUAUUCAAUAAACUAAAACAUAUUAUCA